AUGACGGGUGUACGAACAAUAUUGAUGAUAGAUUUGGAGAAUUUGACCCGAGAUUUAAAUAAUGAUGAGAUAUCUGAAGUUCUUGGACAGCUGGUGCAGGAUGGGCUGUCAGUGGAUAGAGUUUUGUUGGUGUUGAGACAGAUAGUUGUGGUAUAUCCUUCUUUGAAUGAGACUAAUAAGAGAGUGGUUAGGAAGUUAUGUUCAGGGAGUAUUGUUUUUAUUUCUCAGUUGGUACAGUUUAUUAAGGUUUUGGGUAAUAAAUCUGAGGCCAAUAUUUACAAGGGCUUCUUGUUGGACACUUUGAGGAGGGAGCCUGGAGGGCUGUGUAGUAUGAUGGAGGUUGCAAAACCGAUGGAACAGCGGCAGGUAGGGUCUAUGUUGUUUGGUAGUAAGAUAUUUAAUGUUUUAGGGGGAGUGACUAAUGUGUUGGAGUAUCUGGAGAUUCUUGGUUGUCAGGUGAAAUAUUGGCUUGAGCAUAAUGAGAAUUGGUCAAAUAAGGCCAAUGCCGAUAUGUUUUUGAUGUUGUUUCAGUUUCAUCCUACACAUGCCAUGGAUAUAAUUCUGGGGGGUGUUAUUCUACAGGGUGGAAGAACUUGGGAGCCUUUCGUGCAAAUCUGUAACACGAACAUUGGAGUUUCCCAGAAGCGUCUUGUGAAUGGAUACCUAUUGAAGUAUCUUGACCGUGUAACGAAUGAAUCUACAGUACAACAGUGCUUCAAUCUACUCUGUUCACUGGAUUAUAGACUUAUAGAUCUUCUGAAGGUCCAUGAACUGCAGUCUAUCUACCUAAAGUACGCCAUUGCGAAAGCCUUGUCACUUGAAGGUAGGCUGAAUCUGUUAAAUAUAUUAUUAAGUGCCUUUAGCGCAGCCGAUGAAAACUUCGACCAACAGAUAUGUGAGUUAUUAUUAAUACUGCUACAGACCCUGAAUAAAGAACACUUUCAACAGUUGGUACAUGACGAAACGUUUCUAAAUGCUGUGACUAAGCGUUUGUCUUCAGAAUUUGAAGUCCUUAGAGAAAGAACAAUGUUCAUUGCGAAGAUAAUCGCCGGCGAUGACUUAAAGUAUGAGAGUAAAUAUAAUAUCGCCGUUCCAACUUUGGAACUAACACGGACGACAAGUAUCCAGUUUGAUUUACUGAAUCACCGACCAGAAGAAAGAGACGCCAUGAUUUCCAAUACAAUUGAUAGGAGUAUAACUAAAUUAUCUUUGAAUGACAGUGAUGAUGAAGACGAAGAUAAUCCUGAAGACCCUGCAACUAGACAUAUUGUGUUCUUAAAGGAACUAGUCCAAGAAUUUGAAUUACUUAGUUCAACUCAUAGAAGUUCCAUCAAGCUUUUAAAGACUACUGUAAAAUUAGUAAGACAAAAGAAGGAUUUUACAAGUGAGGUUUCGUUUUAUUUUAGUCCGCUGAUCAACGCUAUAGCAACACUAUCAAACACAAUGGACCAUGAAUCAUUUGAAGAAUGGCGGAUUAACGCUUUGGUUAGUUUGUUGGUUGUUGUUCCAGAUAAAGUAGUUGAUCUGUUUCUGAUUUUGUUCCAAGGAGAUCUCUCAUUCCAACAAAGAAUGUCUAUACUCUCCUCCUUGGCGUUGUCGGCUAGGGAAUUGAGAGGCUUCGAUGAUCCAUAUAUCCUUAAACCUGAAUAUGAUUUCCCUUCUAACAGGCUGCCGUGGGAUAAUCCAAAAGCUCAACUAACCGAUCAGACAACUUUAAUACAAGAUGUCAGCGAAGAUAAAUCUUCAAUAUCGGACGGCCAAGUCAUAUGGAAAUCUAAGAAAUUAUCUACAGAUCAGACUUCGAAUAAGAAGAAACCAAAUAAUUUCAGGAAAGUCGCCUCUAUUUAUUUUUUCCCUCUGGCAAAUGCAUGGAUGAAUGGCAUCGAUCUUGGAACCUUCGAUUCUUUAUUCAAGACUCAUUAUCUGAGCACCUUAAAGAUCAUAUUCUCCGCAGCAAAUCCACAUCAUAAAUACCAAGAAAUGUCGUCCAUGCUUAAUAUGAUACUUGAAGAUGCUGCUUCACAAAAUAUUGAAGUUUAA